AUGGAAAGGACAAAUGAUUCCAUAUUAACAGAAUUUGUCCUGGUUGGACUUUCUGCCCACCCAAAGCUCCAGACAGUUUUCUUUGUGCUAGUUUUGUGGAUGUACCUGAUGAUCCUACUGGGAAACGGAGUUCUUAUCUCGGUAAUCAUCUACAAUUCUCACUUGCACUCCCCCAUGUAUUUCUUCCUCUGUAAUCUUUCCUUCCUGGACAUUUGCUAUGCAAGCUCUUCUGUCCCACUGAUUCUUGACAGUUUUCUGACAGUAAGGAAACAUGUUUCCUUCUCUGGGUGCAUGGUACAAAUGUUUAUCUCCUUUGCCAUGGGGGCCACAGAGUGUAUGCUUCUAGGAAUGAUGGCACUUGACCGCUAUGUGGCCAUCUGCUACCCACUGAGAUACCCUGUCAUCAUGAGCAAAGGUACCUAUGUGCUCAUGGCAGCUGGGUCCUGGGUCUCUGGGAUUGUAGAUUCGGUGGUGCAGACAUCUCUCGCAAUGCAAUUACCAUUCUGUGCUAACAAUGUCAUUAACCAUUUUGUCUGUGAAAUUCUGGCUAUCCUAAAACUGGCCUGUGCUGACAUUUCAAUCAAUGUGAUCAGCAUGGCAGGCUCAAAUCUGACUGUUCUAGUUAUUCCAUUGCUAGUCAUAUCCUUUUCUUACAUUUUUAUUGUUGCCACUAUUCUGAGGAUCCCUACCACUGAAGGAAAACGUAAAGCCUUCUACACCUGCUCAGCACACCUGACAGUGGUGAUUAUAUUCUACGGAACCAUUUUCUUCAUGUAUUCAAAGCCCAAGUCUAAAAGGUCUGUUGGUACAGAUAAUCAAGACAUCACUGAGGCCCUCAUCUCCCUCUUCUAUGGAGUGAUGACUCCCAUGCUCAAUCCUCUCAUCUAUAGUCUGCGGAACAAGGAUGUCAAGACUGCGGUGAAGAACAUGCUGGGCAGGAAAAACCUCUCUGAUGGAGUAUAA